AUGUUUCAAAGGUUGGAGAAGGACCGUGCGGUUUUAGACGAAGCCUCAUUAUUAAGUAAACUCUGGUUUUCUUGGAUAGAUCCAUUGCUCUCCUUAGGUAACUCGAAGCCUCUAAACGUUGACGAUAUUCCUCCCCUUGGAUCCGAAGAUGAAGCCCUUUUGGCAUACAAGAAUUUCAAUGAAGCAUGGAAUUCACUCAUGGAAGAAAAGGGCUCUAAAAGCACCAAUUUCUUCGCCUUGCGUGCCAUCACAAGAGUAUAUUGGAAAAACAUGGCGCUGGCUGGGAUGUGCGCGUUGCUCAGAACAGUUUCUGUAGUGGCUACACCGUUACUGCUCUAUGCUUUUGUCAGCUACUCGAAUCUUGAGAGGAAGAGUCUGAGCAAGGGUGUUUUCCUGGUGGGAUUGUUGAUCUCUUUUAAGGUUGUCGAAUCUCUUUCAUAUCGGCAGUUCUACUUCUACUCCAAGAGAAUUGGGAUGAGGAUGAGGUCUGCUUUGAUGGUGGCAAUCUACCUUAAGCAGCUCAGGCUCUCUAACAUAGGGAGGCGGAGGCACUCGACUGGGGAGAUAGCUAACUACAUCGCUAUUGAUGCUUAUCGUCUGGGAGAAUUCGUGGUGCAGCUCCACCUUGGCUGGACUUGUAUAGUCCAGCUUUUGCUAGCCAUUGCUGUCGUCUCCUCUGUUGUGGGCUUCGGUGUGCUUCCUGGUCUAGUGCCUUUUGUCGUCUGUGGCCUUCUCAACGUGCCGUUUGCAAGGAUGUUGCAGAGGUUUCAGACCAAGUUCAUGGCUGCUCAAGACAAGAGGCUGAGAUCAUUCUCUGAGAUCCUCUACAACAUGAAGAUCAUCAAGCUGCAGGCGUGGGAGGAGAAUUUCAAGAACAUGGUCCAGUCUUUUAGGCAGACCGAGUUCAAAUGGCUGUCUGAAUAUCACUACAAGAAGACUUAUAGCACUGUCUUGUAUUGGAUGUCUCCGACAGUUGUGUCGUCUGUCAUUUUCUUCGGGUGCGUGGUGUUUGAGAGCGCACCUCUGGAUGCUGGCACGGUCUUCACGGUCAUGGCUGCGCUCAGGACCAUGGCUGAGCCCGUGAGGCUGAUACCGGACACUCUCUCCUCCUUGAUCCAAGUUAAGGUAUCGUUCAAGAGGAUAGACGCGUUCAUGCUUGAAGACGAGCUCAAACAAGAAGACACAAAGAUGCACGGGAAAGGAGAUUCAGGCCUAAUUUCUAUAGAAGAUGGUAGUUUUAGCUGGGAUGGUGAGGCAAAAUCACUGACUCUGUGUGACAUCACUCUAAAAGCAAAGCCGGGGGAAAAGAUCGCGAUCUGUGGGCGCCUUGGAGCCGGGAAAUCGUCACUUUUACAUGCAGUUCUAGGCGAAAUACCAAGAAUAUGUGGAAGUGUGAGUGUUGUUGGUUCAGUGGCUUAUGUACCUCAGGCUUGUUGGAUCCAGAGUGGGACUAUUCGCGAAAACAUACUGUUUGGGAAGGCGAUGGAUAAAGCCAAAUACGAAGAGUCCAUUAGAGUGUGUGCUCUAGACAACGAUUUUCAGAGUUUCGACUAUGGAGAUCUCACCGAGAUAGGCCAAAGAGGGCUGAAUCUGAGUGGGGGGCAGAAGCAGAGGGUUCAGCUUGCUCGAGCAGUGUACAACGAUGCUGAUAUCUAUCUCCUCGACGACCCUUUUAGUGCAGUAGAUGCACAGACAGCUGCAUCCCUCUUCAAAGAUUGUGUGAUGACUGCACUAGCAAGGAAGACAGUGAUUCUUGUGACUCAUCAAGUGGAGUUUCUCACUACUGUUGACAACAUUCUGGUUGUGGAAGGAGGCCAAGUAAUUCAAUCAGGAGGCUUCGAGGCGCUCCUGAUUGAAGGGACGACCUUCGAGCAGCUCGUGUUUGCUCACAGAAGUAGCAUGGGAUCAUUUGAUGACACGUCCAGUUCAAAUCAACACGAGCAUGAUGUGGAACGUUUGAAGGGCGAUAAGCCUUGCAGCAAACAGGAAAGUGAGGUGGAGAUUGUGAUAAAACCAACAUUCCAGCUGACUGAGGAGGAGGAGAAAGAAGUUGGAGUGAUAGGGUGGAAAUCCAUCUUAGAUUACAUCUUCGUCUCAAACGGAUCAGUCUACGCUUGCUGUGCUGCGAUAUCUCAGUUUGGCUUCGUGGCAACGCAGGCUGCUGCAAGCUUCUGGCUGGCAUUCUCAGUUCAAAACCCUCAGAAAAGUGGCCUCUUAGUGGUCAAAGUUUACUGUCUGAUAUCAUCACUCAGUGUAGUUUUUGUGUAUUUUAGGUCACUGUUUGCAGUCUGCUUAGGCCUCAAAGCCUCCGAAUCCUUCUUCUCCGGUUUCAUCAACUCCAUCUUCAACGCUCCGAUGCUCUUCUUCGACUCCACCCCAAUCGGGAGGAUACUUACGCGUGCCUCAUCAGAUUUAAGUGUGCUAGAUUUUGACAUCCCAUUAGCAUUCCAAUUAGUUAUGGCUGGAAUAGCUGAGCUCAUAGCAACAGUAGUGAUUAUGGCCCUGUCACAUGGCAAGUCCUAUUUGUGGGAUUUUUUGCUAUUGCAUCCUCAAAAUAUAUCCAAAUCUGCAGGCGAGCUGAUGAGGAUAAACGGAACAACAAAAGCCCCCGUUAUGAACUAUGCGUCCGAGACAGCGCACGGAGUUACAACCAUAAGAGCUUUCGGAGUUGCUGACAUCUUCAUCACGAACUACCUCAAACUUGUCGACACAAAUGCAAAGGUCUCCCUUUGCUCAAGCGCGGCCUUGGAAUGGCUCGUGUUGAGGACUGAGGCACUUCAAAACCUCACCUUGUUCACUUGUGCUGUUUUCUUACUAUUGGUCCCAAACAACUACAUUGCUCCAGGUCUUGUAGGACUAUGUCUUUCCUAUGCCUUCGCACUGACCAGCACGCAGAGGAUAAAACAAUACAUGCAGAUACCUCCUCGGGCACCAGCUGUGAUAGCAGAUAACAGGCCUCCAUCUUUGUGGCCUCGAAAGGGUAGAAUCGAUUUAAUGGACUUGAAGAUACGGUAUCGCCCUAAUGCUCCUAUAGUCCUCAAGGGGAUUACCUGCACUUUCAAAGAAGGGAAGAGAGUGGGGGUGGUGGGCAGGACGGGGAGUGGGAAAACGACAUUGAUCAGUGCUUUGUUUCGUCUGGUUGAGCCUCACAGCGGGAAGAUCCUCAUAGACGAACUUGAUAUCUGCUCGAUAGGGCUGAGGGAUUUGAGGCUGAAGCUCAGCAUUAUACCUCAGGAGCCUACUCUGUUUAGGGGAAGUGUUAGGACAAAUGUUGAUCCAUUAGGCCUUCAUUCUGAUGAUGAGAUAUGGGAGGCCCUUGAGAAAUGUCAACUUAAGUCCACCGUCAGUAAACUGCCAGACUUGCUAGACUCUUCUGUGAGUGAUGAAGGGGAGAACUGGAGCAUGGGGCAAAGGCAGCUCUUUUGCCUUGGAAGAGUGCUUCUUAGAUGGAACAAGAUCUUGGUUCUCGACGAGGCAACAGCCUCGAUUGACUCCGCCACAGAUGCCAUUUUGCAGAAGAUAAUCAGAGAAGAGUUUGCUAACUGUACUGUCAUAACUGUGGCACACAGGGUUCCGACUGUCGUAGACAGCGAUAUGGUGCUGGUCUUGUCGAAUGGGGAAUUGGUGGAGUAUGACGAACCCUCAAAGCUUAUGGAGAUGAAUUCUGCAUUUUCCAACCUUGUUGCUGAAUAUUGGUCGAACUGCAAACAAGAAUAACCAGUGCAUUUGGUUGUUCAAGCU